UAAAGCUGAAAAACUCUGUUGUUGUUGUUGUUGUUGUUGCUCCUUUUUUUCUUCUUCUCAAAAAAAAAAGAUGUCAUCUACUACCAUUGCUGAAACUCAAGCUACUGCUAACCUUUCUUCUACUAAUGCAAAACCAAAGAGUGUUAAACUUGUGUUGUUGGGUGAAUCUGCUGUAGGUAAAUCUAGCCUUGUUCUCCGAUUUGUCAACAGAGAAUACGUAGAGAACAGAGAACCUACGAUUGGAGCUGCUUUCUUGACUCAAAAGUGUACCUUUAAAGAUCGAACCAUCAAAUUCGAAAUUUGGGAUACAGCAGGACAAGAACGGUUCCAUUCUUUAGCUCCCAUGUACUAUCGUAAUGCCCAGGCUGCUAUUGUUGCUUAUGAUAUCACUAAAGCCUCUACUUUGAUAAAAGCAAAGAGUUGGGUCAAAGAACUACAAAGACAAGCCAAUACAGAUAUUGUGAUUGCACUUGUUGGCAACAAACUUGAUUUAUGUGAAGAAGACGAGGAGGAAAGACAAGUACCUAAGGAAGAUGCACAAGCGUAUGCAGAUGAAGCCGGACUUUUAUUUUUCGAGACCAGUGCUAAAUCGUCUCACAAUGUGGACCAUGUCUUUACAAGUAUUGCUGAAAAGAUUCCUCUGGAAAACAUGGCUCAUCAUAAUGGAAGAAAUGGUAUUGCUGGUAGACCUGGUCAAAGUUCUGUUAAUUUGAUGCAACCCUCUCAUCCUACUUCAUCUGGUGCAUGUGCUUGUUAAUACCCCCUCUCUCUUUUGAAUAAAGAAUUGUACACUUUUUUAAAAAAAAGUGGAAAAAAUGGAUUGAUCCGAAAAAGGAAA